AUAUUUCCAUUACCCGAAACCCUAAUCCCCAAUUUUUCUUCCAAUUUUUCGAUCACGAUCUCUGAAAAAUUAAGAGAGAAAUUCAAAAUUUCGGCGAUCAUAGUCUCAUUCAGACAUUCCAGAAGGUAUUUAGUCGACUGAGUAAACAAUCAUGAGAUUCAGAAAAGGAAGCAGAGUUGAGGUGUUUAGCAACAAAGAGGCACCUUAUGGUGCGUGGCGAUGUGCUGAGAUUGUCUCGGGUAAUGGACAUACCUACAAUGUUAGAUUUUACUCUUUCCAACUUGAACACGAGGAGGCAGUUAUGGAGAGAGUUCCAAGGAAGAUAAUUAGGCCUUGUCCUCCACUAGUGGAUGUUGAGAGAUGGGAGACUGGUGAAUUGGUCGAAGUUCUUGAUAAUUUUUCAUGGAAAGCUGCCACAGUUCGAGAGGAGUUAUCUGGAAAUUACUAUGUGGUUCGGUUACUUGGGACUCCAGCAGAACGUACAUUUCACAAAGUUAACCUCAGGGCCCGAAAGUCGUGGCAAGAUGAGAAAUGGGUUGCAAUUGGAAAGAUAUCUGGUUCUGUGAAGUCAUCCACACUGACUGGAUCAGACGUACACCAGAAGUUACAGCCCCAGAGGAACAACAUACCUCUCCACGAGCCUAGUGAUGUCUCUGCUAGAAUGUUAAAGAGGCUGUCACCUUACAACUGGUCUGAAUGUGCUGAGUCAUGCACAGGAAACAACCCUAAGAAGAUACGAUCAUUGGAAAAAGAAGGACAGCAGAAAAAGGUAGAUGCUAUUGCUUGCCGACCUGAAAACAGGGGUGGUAAAUCUCACGUGCAAGCUUCCUUUAACAAUCACAAAACUGGUUACUGUCAAAUGGUCAGGGUAAGAUCAAAAGGGUUUAGUGAGAGUGUUCAUGCAGGAAGCUUAGUCGCUGAUGAUUGUUCUGAUAGCGAUGCAUGCUCAGUUGGUAGUUGUAGUGCCACUAGUUAUGAUGAGAGUAACAUGCCACCUUGUAUGCUAGAUGGCUCUAGUCAACAGGCAGACUCAUGUAGCAGCGAUGCUGAAUCUUCUUGUGGCCUCGGGGAAGAACCAAGGAGGAAACAUUCAUCAGCUGGUGAUGGAGCAAGAAGGUCAUGUAGGUCUGAACUAUAUUCUUACCGCAGUACUUUGGGGGAAUUAUUUUCUUCUGGUCCCCUAAGUUGGGAGCAAGAAGCAUCAUUAACUGAUCUUCGUCUUUCUCUUAAUAUAUCAGAUGAUGAACAUUUGAUGGAGGAACAGUGUUGCCUUGUUCGGGCAUGCAGACCUUUUGCCUCUAGAGGUCUAACUCUGAUGCUGGGGUUUACAACUUCUCCCUUGGCCAUCUGAAUGCUUGUUUCAGGGGCUUCUUUCAGGUGUCCUGGAGCCUGCUUUGUCCACAGGGACUGAAAGCUGUGCUUUGAGCAGGUUUCCUUAGAUAUAUUUACAGUCUGGUUGGAUAAUUUUGUUGAUAUCAUAUGAUUCAUAUCAAGAUCUGAGUAAUAUCUCUUUAAAUUUUUUAGUUCUUUCGGUGUAUGUUGCAGUGCUAUCUUUGUGGUGUUGUGUCUGCUCUGGUUGCUUUAUUAGAAGUGCAUGACGUAGAUGCUACCAUAUUUUUACUAUUACUAGCAUAGUCUAUUGACGCUCAUUCUUUCUGGAAAUAAGCAUUGUGGCCUGUUGAGAGAUGAAAGGGAACACAUGCCUGCUUUCUUGCUUAGUUUGUCGCAUGUGCAUUGUGGAGAUUCUCCAAGCUCACUCUUCAAAAAUCUCCAGCAAAGCUAGGUUGUUCACAUGGCAGUAUGAAACUCGGAAGCCGAAUCCAUUAAUUUUCGCAAAGGUAUGGAUCAUUUUGAAAGAUCUGUUGUGGUUCUCCAAAAUUUAACAUGUUAUUCUUGAGUAGUUUGCUUGCUUAUAGAAUCAAAACCGAGUUUCAUA